GAGUGCGCCGGGUAUUGGCAGCCGAGGAGUGGAGGCUGGGCAGCUCCGACUCCCUGACGCCAGCGCGACCAGAUCAAUCCAGGCUCCAGGAGAAAGCAGGCGGGCGGGCGGAGAAAGGAGAGGCCGAGCGGCUCAACCCGGGCCGAGGCUCGGGGAGGGACCCUGGGAGCGGAGAGUGGCGCAGCGCCCGGCCGUCCGGACCCGGGCCGCGAGACCCCGCUCGCCCGGCCACUCGUGCGCCCGCGCGGACGGGCGCGCCGCCAACCCGGUGCUGACUGGGUUACUUUUUUAAACACUAGGAAUGGUAAUUUCUACUCUUCUGGACUUCAAACUAAGAAGUUAAAGAGACUUCUCUGUAAAUAAACAAAUCUCUUCUGCUGUCCUUUUGCAUUUGGAGACAGCUUUAUUUCACCAUAUCCAAGGAGUAUAACUAGUGCUGUCAUUAUGAAUGUGACAAGUUUAUUUUCCUUUACAAGUCCAGCUGUGAAGAGACUUCUUGGGUGGAAACAGGGCGAUGAAGAAGAAAAAUGGGCAGAGAAAGCUGUUGAUGCUUUGGUGAAAAAACUGAAGAAAAAGAAAGGUGCCAUGGAGGAACUGGAAAAGGCCUUGAGCUGCCCAGGGCAACCGAGUAACUGUGUCACCAUUCCCCGCUCUCUGGAUGGCAGGCUGCAAGUUUCCCACCGGAAGGGACUGCCUCAUGUCAUUUACUGCCGUGUGUGGCGCUGGCCCGAUCUUCAGAGCCACCAUGAACUAAAACCACUGGAAUGCUGUGAGUUUCCUUUUGGUUCCAAGCAGAAGGAGGUCUGCAUCAAUCCCUACCACUAUAAGCGAGUAGAAAGCCCUGUACUUCCUCCUGUGCUGGUUCCAAGACACAGCGAAUAUAAUCCUCAGCACAGCCUCUUAGCUCAGUUCCGUAACUUAGGACAAAAUGAGCCUCACAUGCCACUCAACGCCACUUUUCCAGAUUCUUUCCAGCAACCCAACAGCCACCCGUUUCCUCACUCUCCCAAUAGCAGUUACCCAAACUCUCCUGGGAGCAGCAGCAGCACCUACCCUCACUCUCCCACCAGCUCAGACCCAGGAAGCCCUUUCCAGAUGCCAGCUGAUACGCCCCCACCUGCUUACCUGCCUCCUGAAGACCCCAUGACCCAGGAUGGCUCUCAGCCGAUGGACACAAACAUGAUGGCGCCUCCCCUGCCCUCAGAAAUCAGCAGAGGAGAUGUUCAGGCGGUUGCUUAUGAGGAACCAAAACACUGGUGCUCUAUUGUCUACUAUGAGCUCAACAAUCGUGUGGGUGAAGCGUUCCAUGCCUCCUCCACAAGUGUGUUGGUGGAUGGUUUCACUGAUCCUUCCAACAAUAAGAACCGUUUCUGCCUUGGGCUGCUCUCCAAUGUUAACCGGAAUUCCACUAUUGAAAACACCAGGCGGCAUAUUGGAAAAGGAGUUCAUCUUUAUUAUGUUGGAGGGGAGGUGUAUGCCGAAUGCCUUAGUGACAGUAGCAUCUUUGUGCAAAGUCGGAACUGCAACUACCAUCAUGGAUUUCAUCCUACUACUGUUUGCAAGAUCCCUAGUGGGUGUAGUCUGAAAAUUUUUAACAACCAAGAAUUUGCUCAGUUAUUGGCACAGUCUGUGAACCAUGGAUUUGAGACAGUCUAUGAGCUUACAAAAAUGUGUACUAUACGUAUGAGCUUUGUGAAGGGCUGGGGAGCAGAAUACCACCGCCAGGAUGUUACUAGCACCCCCUGCUGGAUUGAGAUACAUCUGCACGGCCCCCUCCAGUGGCUGGAUAAAGUUCUUACUCAAAUGGGUUCACCUCAUAAUCCUAUUUCAUCUGUAUCUUAAAUGGCCCCAGGCAUCUGCCUCUGGAAAACUGUUGAGCCUUGCAUGUACUUGAAGGAUGGAUGAGUCAGACACGAUUGAGAACUGACAAAGGAGCCUUGAUAAUACUUGACCUCUGUGACCAACUGUUGGAUUCAGAAAUUUAAACAAAACAAAACAAAAAAAACACACCUUGGUAACAUACUGUUGAUAUCAAGAACCUGUUUAGUUUACAUUGUAACAUUCUAUUGUAAAAUCAACUAAAAUGCAGACUUCUAGCAGGACUUUGUGUACAGUUAAAGGAGAGAUGGCCAAGCCAGGGACAAAUUGUCUAUUAGAAAACAGUCCUAAGAGAUUCUUUGGUGUUUGGCACUUUAAGGUCAUCGUUGGGCAGAAGUUUAGCAUUAAUAGUUGUUCUGAAACGUGUUUUAUCAGGUUUAGAGCCCAUGUUGAGUCUUCUUUUCAUGGGUUUUCAUAAUAUUUUAAAACUAUUUGUUUAGCAAUGGUUUUGUUCGUUUAAGUAAAGGUUAAUCUUGAUGAUAUACAUAAUAAUCUUUCUAAAAUUGUAUGCUGACCAUACUUGCUGUCAGAAUAAUGCUAGGCAUAUGCUUUUUGCUAAAUAUGUAUGUACAGAGUAUUUGGAAGUUAAGAAUUGAUUAGACUAGUGAUUUUAGGAGUAUUUGAGGUGGGUGGGGGGAAGAGGGAAAUGACAACUGCAAAUGUAGACUAUACUGUAAAAAUUCAGUUUGUUGCUUUAAAGAAACAAACUGAUACCUGAAUUUUGCUGUGUUUCCAUUUUUUAGAGAUCUUUAUCAUUUUUUUCUCUCUCUUGGCAUUCUUUUAUCUCAUACUCUUCAAAAAGCAGUUCUGCAGCUGGUUAAUUCAUGUAACUGUGAGAGCAAAUGAAUAAUUCCUGCUAUUCUGAAAUUGCCUACAUGUUUCAAUACCAGUUAUAUGGAGUGCUUGAAUUUAAUAAGCAGUUUUUACGGAGUUUACAGUACAGAAAUAGGCUUUAAUUUUCAAGUGAAUUUUUUGCCAAACUUAGUAACUCUGUUAAAUAUUUGGAGGAUUUAAAGAACAUCCCAGUUUGAAUUCAUUUCAAACUUUUUAAAUUUUUUUGUACUAUGUUUGGUUUUAUUUUCCUUCUGUUAAUCUUUUGUAUUCACUUAUGCUCUCGUACAUUGAGUACUUUUAUUCCAAAACUAGUGGGUUUUCUCUACUAGAAAUUUUCAAUAAACCUGUCAUUAUUGCUUACUUUGAUUAAAAA